UGGAGUUAUGCUCUUCACAUUAUCAGUUGAAUUCUCUCCAACAUUUCUUUCUGGAGUACAAAUUUAUACAGAGAAAUAUUCAACUAAUCAUGGUUUCGAAAAGUGGCGUUACGGUCGUGGGUGCAUUCUUUAGCCCGUUUGUGAACCGUGUUCAAAUCGCCUUGAAUCUGAAAUCAGUUGAGUUUGAUUACAUUGAAGAGACAUUGAGUUCCAAGAGUGAUGUUCUUCUCAGAUGCAACCCGAUUUGCAAGACAGUGCCUGUUCUAAUCCACGACGACAAGAGCAUCUGCGAGUCUCUCGUGAUUGUUCAGUACAUCGAUCAAGUCUGGACGGAGAAUGGCUACUGCAUUCUCCCGUCUGAUCCUUAUGAUCGCGCUGUUGCUCGAUUCUGGGCUGCAUUUGUUGAUGACAAGAUGGUUCCAAUGUUAAAGGAGCUCAUAGUUGCCCCAGAAGAGGGGAAGGCGGCAAUCAAAGAGAGAAUAGGGGAAGGAUUGGUGCUUUUGGAAGAGGCGUUUACAAAAAUUAGCGAAGGGAAGGCCUACUUCGGAGGGAAUAAUAUUGGAUACCUUGAUAUUGCUCUCGGAAGCUGCUUGGAAUUUAUAAAGGCUACAGGGAAACUAUGUGGCCUGGAAUUGGUAGAACCAGCAAAAACUCCGAACCUUGUUGGAUGGGCAGCCAGGUUCACGUCGAAUGAGGCUGUUAAGAAUGUCCUUCCAGAGAUCGAUAGGUUUGUAGAAGUUCUCAAGAGGAUUCAGGCCAGGGCCAAAGCGUUUCCAGACAGGAAGUCCUGGCCCUAUUUACCACCGCAAUAGAAGUUUUUUCCUGAACCGGAGAUCAGAAUGGAGGCCUUUCAAACCGUUUUGGAGCGCCUGCCUGGAAUCCGCUAUUUUAAGUUUAAAAAAAAAUAAAAAAUCUGUAGUCUGGUGGUUUGGACCACCUGCAUUGUAUUUGAAUGAGACAUUCCUGAUAUUUUGAUUCUCUCUGGUAAUCUAAAGCAUCUGACUUACUGUUCUUGCCGAUA